CACAUCCAAUUUUAGGACCUUUUGUGCCUACGGGUUUUCGCACACAAAAAACAAAUAAUAUAAAAUCGGUCAACCACCCACCCACCAAAAAGGCCGCGCGGCUUCGUUCGCGACGUAACGGUGAAAAGCACGCGUUUUCCGCUUUUCCAGCAGCCGUGUGCCAUUUCACUUUGCUUAUUUUAAGCCGAGCAGCCGGAAAACACGCGCAUAUUGUGGAGGCAAUGGGAAGCGAAAACAUGUGUGCAUGUGUGUCGCUGGGAUAACGGCGAAAAAGGCGCAAGAGGAGCUGUGAAAUAGCGAAAACUUGAGCUGAGAUCUCCAAUCGGAUCUCAAGUUUGAGGACAAAGAUAGAAAGAGAGAGAGAGGAGAGGAGUCGAGUCGAGGAAAAAGCUACUCUCACUCGCAAACACACACGUUCAAACGCGUCACACGCUCUCCCGUGUAAAACCAAUACAACAACAACAUGCAAUAUUUGCAAAGUAGUUAAAUAAUUCAAUUCUGCCCUGUCUGCGCUUUAUUUCCUUCUUCAUUUCGGUUCUCCUCGUUUGUAUUUUCGUAUAAUUUCAACAAGUUUCAGUUUCUCGCUUUUCCCCACCCACACCAUCACACAGUUAUUUUUUCGUUACUACUUCAAAACAACAAAAACCACACGGCCCACGAACACUAAUCACCAAUACAACACAACGUCUCGUGUGACGUGCGAGCGCAGAAAUUGUCGUCUUUAGAUUUUGUUUGUGCACUUUUCGCCAUUUCCCUUUGUGUUCCACUGUGUGCGGAAGCGGAGGGGGCGGGAGAAAGAGAGUGGCCGAGAAGCACCUGCGAAAAAGCGGCACGAGAUCGCCAGAAAAGCAGAAAGUCGCAAGAAGCAAAAGCGACCGGCUCCCAUACACAAACAACCGAGGCACACACACACUUACACUCGCCACACUUGUUGCAGCGGAAGAGGAGAAGGGGCAAGAGAGCGAUAAGAAGUGGUGAACAGAGGAGGAGGACGAGGAGCAGGAGGGAAAAGUGCCUAGGAAGACAACAACGCAUCUGCUAUCAGCGAAUACCACUGCAAAAAUGGUCAAGGAGAAGCCCAACUCUACUCGUAUCUACGACAAGGAUGGUUUCAGGCGACGUGCAGCCUGUAUUUGCGUGAAGUCGGAAAAUGAGGCGGAGGUACUCUUGGUUACCUCCUCUCGUCGCCCGGAGCUGUGGAUCGUUCCUGGUGGAGGUGUUGAACCCGAGGAAGAGCCUUCGGUGACCGCCGUUCGGGAAGUGCUCGAGGAAGCCGGCGUCGUUGGCGAUUUGGGUCGUUGUCUAGGUGUUUUCGAGAACAACGACCACAUGCAUCGCACCGAGGUGUUCGUCAUGAACGUGACCCAGGAACUGGAUGAGUGGGAGGAUUCGCGAAGCAUCGGCCGCAAGCGGCAGUGGUUCACCAUUGACGAUGCCCUAUCGCAGCUGGCGCUGCACAAGCCGACGCAGCAGCACUAUCUAAUGCAGCUGCAGCACUCGAAGACGCUGGACAACACGAAUCGCGUGGUGAACGCCACCCAUCCGCCCAAGUUGACCAAUGCCGCCACCCCGGCCGCAUCGCCCACCACGGCAUAAAGACAGCGGAUUGCAGGAAGCUGAAACAACACAUGCACACCAACACCACACUUAACCGCGAGACUAAUCCAACACUAAUCCAACUCUAAUCCCAUUUUGACAUUUUGGAAAUUUACAAAUAGACAGGCAGUCUUCUAGAUUAUGUUUAUAAGCGAUACCUAUGUUACCCCGCAUCCCCCACUAAGCCCCAUUUGCGUUUAAGUUUAAGUCAAUGCGUUCAUUUAUGUCUUUAGUAAUUGUAUCAGAACUAAAUUUAUGUGUUUACUCCAGAGCGAGUGAAAAGGGAGGUGAAGAAAACAAAAACGCUACUCGAUCAAUGCUAAGCGAUAACUUAUACUAUUCGAGAUCUAUAAUACGACACAAAA